ACCCAACAACCCCACCCACGCAAAUCGGCAACCCCACCCCGGCCGGCAAAAUCUCACGCGCUUUAUACAAGCCUUCAUUCUCUCCAGGGAGUCUCCCUGAUCCCAACAGAAUAACAAACUCAAAACCCAAAAUCUCCCGAAAACCAAACCCAACAAAAGCAAAACCCCAGAUUGAAAGUAAAUUUUAAAUAAUGAUAAUAAUAAUAAAUAAAUAAAUUGAAGCUGGAAAAUCGGAAGGAGAAAAAGGAAAGUCUCCUCCUCCUCCUCCUGAGAUGGCUUCGUCGAAGGUGAUGGCGUCGUCGAAACCUAGAAAUUCGGAUCUAUCUUCAACAACUUCAUCUCGAUCGCGACGCGCUAUUUCUUCUUCCCUUUCUGCUACUAAUACUACAGAAAAACUAGCUCAUCAAUCUACUGACCAAUUAUUCCAAAGAGAAUCGACAAUGACAGUAGACGGCAUCUUACGUAACGUAUACGCCUCUCCAUCAACUGAAUCGACUCUCCUCGGCGCACAAAUAACCCUAAUGGAAACUCCUAACCCUCCCCCUCCUCCACCAAUCGAGACAAAUGGUACUGAUAAUCAGGAUAUGAGCGUUGUAAUUCCACAAGAGACUAAGACUGCGGAUGAUAUAUGGAGAGAAAUUGUGGCGGGAAGGAAGGAAAUGAAGGACGAGCCAGAUGAGAUGAUGACUUUGGAGGAUUUUUUGGCUAAGGCGGGGGCGGUGGAUGUGGUUGGAGAGGAUGGGGAUGAUGUGAAGAUGCCACAGCCUGAGAGGUUGAGUGGAGGAUUGUAUGCGUUUGAUCCUGUCCCGCCGAGUGCAUUUCAGGUGUUGGAUAAGGUGGAAGGCUCCAUUGUUGGGUUUGGGAAUGGAGUCGAGGUGGAGCUUGUAGCUGGUAGUGGUGGUGGUGGUGGUGGAGGAAGAGGGAAGAGAGGGAGGACGGUCGUCAUGGAACCCUUGGAUAAGGCGGCGCAGCAGAGGCAGAGGAGGAUGAUUAAGAAUCGGGAGUCUGCUGCUCGGUCUAGAGAGAGGAAGCAGGCUUAUCAAGUGGAAUUGGAGUCUUUGGCAGUGAGGUUAGAGGAGGAGAAUGAGCAGCUGCUUAAAGAGAAGCCAAGACAUAAAUUGAAUUUGGAUUGUCCAAAUCAUGGCAGCAACGACAAGAAAAAUAACAUCAGCAAUGCAAGAACCAAAAGCUAUCCAAACCCAGUGGCAUAGGGCUGCUGCAUUGAUCAAUUAUUCUUACUUUGCUCACUAAACAAAUUAGUCAUAAGACUUGUAAUGUAGGUAUAUUAGUUCUUGUGUCCUGAUUAUCUGUUGUCAUGUCUUAUGGAUCCUACUUUCUUAGAGCGUGUUUGAAAUCCAUUAUUGUUCUUAAAACUUUUCAGAAUGGCUUAAGACAAUUGAAAUGGGUAGAAAUAAAAAUCCUUAGGCAUCAUUGUGCAUGUCAGACCUAUUGCCCUUUGAUACACAGGAUAGCCCUGCUGCAUCUAAACAUAUGUGAAUUCAGACUUGUAGAUUUAGAUAGUAUAAAAUAAGUUAAACAAUAUGCAGCCAAUUUCCACAUUAUGUUUGCACUGGCUUGCUCCUGUCUCUUUCAUAAGCUUAAUGUAACGGAGACUUUGUAAUCUUUUUAUGACCUUAAUAUUCUAUUUACAUCGCCUAUUGGUACUCACUGCUUAGUUUGUAGCUGUUUUGCUUAUUCCUUACUGUCUCCUUUUCAUUUCUUCUAUUCAGUCUCAAACACAUGAACAUCUCAUAAUGCUUUUUCCCAGGCUCUAUUACAAAAAAAAUGUUACUUUGUUAGGACCUAGUGCCGUGCUGUUGAAUGAUGCAUUCUUUUCUUUAAAGUGGACACACAAUGGCACAUUGAGAGUUUAUCAGCUUUGUUUGCAUAAACAGUUAAUGGUUAGCAUUAUUUAAAACUGUAACAAUCAGUGUUAUGCUUUGAAGUUAACACCAAUAGAUACUUCAUCAUGGGUCAUGUAGUUACACCCAGCAGGUAUAAAUUGCCAUGCUUUUCUGGUCUCUCCUGGGCUUUAUAUGUCUAAUUUGUCUGUAUGUAUUUAUUAGAAUUUAUUUAAUUAGAAAAGAUCUCAAUGCCUGUUUCAUCAGAGGCAUAUGGUGAUCUACUUGUUCUGCAUGCCACAAAAUUUUUUGGUGUGUUUUCUCUGU